AUAGCGGGAAUGUAGCGGGAACCGAGCGGGCGAUGGAUGCCACCAUAUAUAAGAGCGGCGGGCCGGUGCAGCGAGUCGAGUCAAUCCCAGCAGAGAGCGCGGUGAAGGUGACCGCUCUCGCACUACCGGCGACAAUUCUGUAGAUACUUACUCGUCAAAUAAUCUAUUUAUUUCGCUGGAUUCUGGGAGAUCUUUAAAGAAUGAAACGUUUUGCGUGCCUCCUGCUGUUGGCGCUGACGACGGCAGCCCGCGGCGACAACAAGGAGUGGUCGUGGGGAGACGAGGGCCCUUCCGUGCGUGAAACAUCAGAGGAUGCCUUCAGUCCCUCCAGAGACCCAAGGCUUCUCGAAGCCAACCCCACGGACGCCCUCGCCGUCGGUCAACUCGACCUCGAGGGCGCCCUUUCGCCUGAAGACCUCCGAGCCCUUGAGCUCAUCCUCCUCGAAGACGAACAAGGUUCAACGGAUCCACAGGCGUCCUUCGCCGUGAGCGCCGACGGCGUGGGAGACCUGGAGGUCGUUGACGGCGUGGUCCUCGCCAGCGGGGAUCGCCAGGCUCGUUUCCUUGGCAUCAGGGACAGACUUUGCAAGCUCGGCAUUGGCUUCAACUGUGGCACCAAGCGCAAGGAUCCGGUGCCCGUGGCUCCGCCUCGCCAUUACCGCCCCGGCCAGCACUUGCCCCCUCCUCCCCCUCCUCCUCCCCGCCCCCAGCACAUCUUCCCUCCUCGCCAGCACUUCGUCACAACCGAAGCGCCCUCGGCCUUCCAGGGCAUCCUCGCCGCCCUCGAGCCCCUCAUCCCGUCCUUCGGCCAGAGCACGACCGUGAAGCCCAAGCCCUUCGGCCGCCCGCUAGGCAAGCCCAUCCCGCCCUCCUUCGGCGACCGCUUCCAGACGGUGCCGCAGCCGCCCCGCCCCACGGCUCCCUGCACGCCAAACCCAGCACCAACUUUGCCAUCUACCAGGAGUCCAAUCCCGCCUUCAGCGUCGCCCACCCGCCCGCGCCCCUGCCUAACCACCACGUCCACCAGCCCGUGAAGUCCGCCCACGUCA